CGCAAGCCCCCGGCGCCGAGUCGCAAGCCGCAACUGAUCAGUCCCUUCUCGACGGUCCUAUCGUGCACCCACGCCGCGAACUGUGUUUACCUAACAUAAGCCGUGUGUUUGUUUAGUUUCAAACGUUCCUAUAUUCUAACACGUGAAAAAUGGCUGACAGUGGUCUGAAGAGAAACAUCCCCAUCAAGCUUGGCGAUUUCUCAGUCAUUGACACGGAAUUCUCGAGCAUCAGGGAGAGAUUCGACGCCGAAAUGAGAAAGAUGGAAGAAGAAAUGAGCAAAUUCCGAUCGGAGCUUAUGAACAGAGAAAGCAACAAUUUCUUCAAGAGCACAACAAGCUCGUCCACAACGACACAGCACAGUGACAGCAGACAGUUGGCGGAGCCCAGUCACUGGGACAGUCUCAACUCGCCACUCAUCCAAGACGAAGGUGACGGCAAAUCUCUCAAGCUGCGUUUUGACGUCAGCCAAUACACUCCCGAGGAGAUCGUCGUCAAGACAGUCGACAACAAAUUACUAGUGCACGCUAAGCACGAGGAGAAGUCUGACACAAAGUCCGUGUACAGAGAGUACAAUAGAGAGUUCCUGCUGCCCAAGGGCACCAACCCCGAGGCGAUCAAGUCGUCACUGUCGCGCGACGGUGUGCUCACUGUGGAGGCGCCACUGCCGCAACUCGCCAUCACCGACAGGAACAUCCCUAUCCAGAAGCACUGAGCGCUCGCUCCCUAGUGGUCCACUUCGACACCAGCUAUUCCAUACUACUGUUAAUAAUUUAUUAUAAUUUACGUUUUAUAAAUUACUAUAAGAAAUAUUUGGAUAUUAUCUGAUAUUUAUUUCGAUUUAGAUUAAAGAAUCUCAAUGUUUUUCUAACACAUAUUGAUUUUUGUAUUGAUGGCGGAUUUUUAAUUCCGCUUCUAUCUGCCGAUCGCAUCGUAUCGCACCGCACUUUGUGUUGCUAUAGUGACGAUGCUUGUAAUGUGAUCGAGUUGGUUCUGGCAUGGUUCGUGCAUUUAAUUUAUUUUCUGAUACUCCAGUGGUAUUAAAGAAAGGAGAUUGGUAGCACGCGACGUUAAAAUUAGGCGAAAUUACCAAAAUACGAAAUUUAGGGUUAUAACAGUCACGGCUUAAGACCUACUAUAAUGGAGCUUAUGAAUUCGUGUUCACAAUGAACUUAGAUUAAGUAAAUUUGCUUAGACAACAAUAGUCUAGCCUCUUGUAAUACUUAAAGUCUAUUCACUUUAACAUAAUUUAGAAUGCAAUAACAAACGGCAUGUUAUUACAAUAUACGAUGUUAACAGCUUUUAACUUGAUACACAUUUAUAUUUUAGUACAAACAGUUGUUAUGAAAGUUUAGAUGUCAAUAAAAAAAGAAAAU